AAUACUUUGUUCUGGGCCGAGACCCAACUAAACAGGCCCAAUAAAAAUGUUCCUAUCCAACUGCACCUCCCACGACAGAGAGAGAAAAAUGGAAGAAGACCUGGACGGCGUCGCUCCGUGCUCCUCCCUCGCCGUCGAGGCUAUGAUUCGUGUCGGAGCGGCCGGUGCAAUCUGGGGCUUGUGUGCUGGUCCUUACGACGCUCGUCAACAGGGUCUUAGAGGCUCUGCUAAAGCUUCUUUUGUGGCAAAGUCGGUUGGCAGGUUUGGGACUCGAUGCGGGUUUGUAGCUGGCGUUUUCAGUAUUACGCGAUGCGGGGUUCAGAGGUACCGAGGGCGGAAUGAUUGGGUCAAUGGUUUGAUUGGGGGUGCUGUAGCAGGUGCAGCUGCUGCUGCUGCUGCUGGGACACGAAGUUGGUCACAGGUGAUAGGGAUGGCCGGUUUGGUUUCUGUUUUCUGUGCUGCAGCUGACUAUUCCAGAACAUCUUAAAAUACAUCUGUGUUUAGUGUAAUCUUAAUUUUGGUUUUAUUUGUACUUUGUCCAAUUUAAUUCCUCCUUGUACUCUGAUAGAAAAUUCAUGCAGUUUGAAAAAUUCAAUAAAUUUGUUAUUUAGAUCGGA